UAACUUUCAACGGGUUAACCGACAAAUCACUUUCCUGAAGCCCGGUUAAAUUAAUGCAGUGGAGGCUCGAAUUCCAGGCAACAAGAAAACCCUAACCCUGCCGCGUUCGGAGGCAGAACCGCCACUUCUCUUUCCUCCAUCAACCCGGUGAUCGCGCAUUCACAGCGUUACAAUUCAGUGAAAAUCCAGCAGCGAGGUCGAAGUUUCUAAGGCAGAUAAACGAUGUCGUACGACGAUGUGGAGAUCGAAGACAUGGAGUGGAACGAGGAGCUUAAGGCCUUCACGUACCCUUGUCCAUGCGGAGACUUGUUUCAGAUCACCAAAGACGAGUUGAAACUCGGCGAAGAGAUCGCUCGGUGCCCUAGCUGUUCCCUCUACAUCACUGUCAUAUACAAUCUUGAAGAUUUUAUCGGUGAAUCGAACCAGAAAUCUAAGAACAAUCUCGAGCCCGCGAAGCAACAGCCCGUCACAGUCGCUUGAGAAUUCAGGUUUUAUAAUGAUCGUUCACACACACAAACACACACUAUAUAUAUGUUGGCGAGUUGCUGAGUUAAUUGAUUGUCUGCGGGAUUAGGUUUUGUGUCCAGAAAAUCUUGUGGUGGUUUUCUAAUACUCUUUUGUUUGGAGGGUUUGUAGUUGCUGAAGUUUUGUGUAACGAGAGAGUAAUUGCUUGGAAUUUGAGCUAUAUAUAUACUUUUUUGUGGAAUAAAUUCUACCAUUCUUCUGGUUAA